AAAAAAUAAAAAAAUAUGUUACCUGUUCGCGGGGUAAACAAAACAUUUCCAGUACCGGUGGCGGGUUUGCUUCGGAUUUUUUCGAGUUUCAACUCUCGGAACGAAUAAUUUCCCCUACCAGUGAACGCCUCAUAAUCUCCAACCCAAAAUGAGUUCCCCCGGAGAACGCAACCGCAACCCGUUCGAGUCGCCAGAGAACAAAGACGGCCCACCACUGUACAACAGCACCGAUAACUUCCUGCCGCUUGGCUUCAGCACGCCCCAGCACCGGAACCAAAACGCCCAGAUGUACAGCCGCAACUACUAUUCGGCCCAGCCGAAGCACAUGCUGCCCCGUCAGCGUGGCUUCCAGAAUCGGAAUCGUGGCCAGCAGCAACAACACGGUGGUGGCAGUCCGUCCUCUCCGGGUGGGGAUGACGGGGGAAGUGGGGUGCCGGAGCGGAGGAACUGGAACCAGAAUCGCAACUGGAAGGGAGGCUUUCGGCACAACAAUCAGCAGCAACAGAAUCAGCACCAGCAUGGACAGUUUCAGAGGCGGAACCGCUUCGGGAUGGGACAUCAGCAGAACAAGGGGAGUGGCGGAUAUAACAUAAAUGACUAUUUCCACCCGUCGAUGCUGGAGGAUCCGUGGAUGCAGCUGGUUCAGAGCAGUGAACAGGCCAAGGGCGAUUCCAGCGAUAACGGUGAAGGGCCAGCUGGUGGUGGUGGAGGAGGAGGCAGUAGCGGACUGGAUGAGGACUAGAGUGAACCGAGUUUCUUCCGGUUUUGCGUGUUUACUUGUUUGCGUGUGAGUACCUGCAUGGAAUUAUUAUUUACUCAUUCUUUUAGAUGUGUAUUAAGAUGAAUAUUAAUAUACUGAAACUGGAUAAUAUGUA